CGAGCGCGGCCUGCGGUGCCGGCAUGGUGUUGCAAGAGCCGGCCGGGGCGCCGAGUCAGUCGGCUGCGGCGGGGGGGACCGCUGCUGCUGCCCCCGCCGAGGUGCAGCUGUCCCGGCGUCGCUGGGCAGUGCUGCUGCUCUUCAGCAGCUACUCCCUGUGCAAUGCCUUCCAGUGGAUCCAGUACGGCAGCAUCAACAACGUCUUCGUGCGCUUCUACGACGUGAGCGCCUUCGCCAUCGACUGGCUCUCCAUGAGCUACAUGCUCGCCUACAUCCCCCUGCUCUUCCCUGUCGCUUGGCUGCUGGACAAGAGGGGACUGCGCCUCAUCGCGCUGGCUGGCUCAGCCCUCAAUGCCGUGGGCGCCUGGGUGAAGCUGGGCAGCAUGAAGCCGCACCUCUUCCCCGUCACCGUCCUGGGGCAGGUCAUCUGUGCCCUGGCCCAGGUCUUCAUCCUGGGCAUGCCCUCGCGCAUCGCCUCUGUCUGGUUUGGCUCCCACGAAGUCUCCACCGCCUGCUCCAUUGCGGUCUUCGGGAAUCAGCUUGGCAUCGCUGCGGGCUUUCUAGUUCCUCCAGUUCUGAUUCCUAAUGUGGAGGAUGUGGAGAAGCUGGCCUACCACAUCAGCAUCAUGUUCUUCAUGACUGCAGGUGUGGCAUCAGUCCUGUUCGUCCUGGUCAUCCUAGUCUUCAAGGAGAAGCCCCCGAACCCUCCAAGCCGAGCUCAGGCCUCGAUCCAGUCAAGACCAACAGCAGAAUAUUCCUACGUGCAAUCAAUCCUCCGUCUGUUCCGCAAUGCCAACUUUUUGCUGCUUAUGGUCACUUACGGUCUGAAUGUAGGUUGUUUCUACGCCCUGUCCACUCUGCUGAACCGCAUGGUGAUCCAUCACUACCCAGGGGAGGAGGUGAAUGCUGGCAGGAUUGGACUCACCAUUGUACUGUCGGGGAUGGUUGGGGCUCUGAUCUCCGGCAUCUGGUUGGACAGAACCAAAACCUACAAACAGACAACACUAGUCGUCUAUAUCAUGUCUCUGGUGGGAAUGAUAAUCUACACCUUCACUCUGAGCCUAGGCCAUCUCUGGGUGGUCUUUGUGACUGCUGGCAUGCUGGGUUUUUUCAUGACAGGAUACCUUCCCCUGGGCUUUGAGUUUGCUGCAGAGUUGACAUACCCAGAAUCAGAAGGAACAUCAUCAGGGCUCCUUAAUGUCUCAGCACAGAUUUUUGGUAUUGCCUUCACCAUUGGCCAAGGGCAAAUCAUGGAUCGCUUUGGAACGAAGGCAGGAAACCUCUUUCUUUGUUCCUUCCUGUUCCUGGGUACCGUUAUGACAGCAUUCAUUAAGGCUGAUCUUCGAAGACAGCAGGCCAAUUUGGAAAAUGAACAGACAAGACUCCAAGGCAGCAAUCAGAUCAUGGAUUAUGGAACUGUAGCUUGUAACUGUAACCCAUCAAUUCCCACUCCUGCUCACUAGCGCUUAUACAGCAAGAAAGUGUUGCCAGAAGCUUACACUAAUCCCAUAGUUCUUGAGGAAUCAAGGCUGUGAAAUGGAGGGGUGGCAGAGCUGGGAGAUGCAGCCCCCCUCAUUCCCAUCUUUGCUACCUGCACCACCCUCCUGUGACAUGUGCCCUAUAAAUGGGAGGAAGCAUCAGGACAGGAGCCCAGUGAACUGCUUGUGGAGAAUGAAAGAGCAAAACAAGAAGGGGGCUGCUCUCUUCAGUUACACCUUUGCAUCUUGCUGUUUUGGAGACUUUGCUGCUUGGGAAAAAAAAAGUUGGGAAAACCCACUGUGUCUCACCCCAUUGGAAAAACCACAUGUGCUGAGAAAAGCCACAGUACCAGGCUAGCCCUGAGCACAUGAGGGUGGCACAUUGCGUGCGGCUGUGUCUCCUCUCACAGGCCAACUGGGACAUGAAAUGCAGCAGCUGGACCACACUUUGUGAGUAGACCUACAAGAGCUUUCAGCUGGCUCUCGGGAAGAGGGAUUGGUCUGCCUCGGUGCCUGUGAUCCUCUGUUGCACAGGUGAUGGUGGAGGCCUCUACAUCACCAGCAAGUGCAAAGCAAUGCAUCAGCCACUGACAGCUCUCUUUGUGUUAUUUGGCUUUCCCAGAUGAAGCACUCUCAGUUUGGAAAAACCUCUGCUCAGAAUUCACUGGGGUUAGCCUGAUGUCCCUACAUUAUUAGGAGUAAUUGAGAGAUACCAAUAUGCCUCCUUCUACCUGGAGGCAAGGACUAGUUAUGCAACCUAAGACUAGCUCAUCACUACAUUAGUAACAGAAGUGAGUCAAACCACAAGUUUGACUGUCUUCCAUCUUAGUAAAAACGUGCCUUUUGCAUUUUUCAAGAGUACAUAAAAACUUUUGUGAAGUGUUAUUUUGAGAAAACCAGCCAAGGCUGUGUUGCUCUUCACAGCCAUAGAGAGGUGUAUGAUGGGAAUCCAGAUUUGCUCCAGUGUGGAAGCUGCCCUCUUACCAGCAUUUGUGUCUUAUAGACACUACCCAUCUGUAUGCUGUGUAUCUUGUAAACAUAAAUGCAGAUCCUUACAUCACUUCUCCUUCCUUUGCAGCAUCCCACCCCUGGUGGAGACAUUAAGUGUCCUUAUACUCCUUAAAUCAUGCAGUUAUUCAUUUAUCUUUCGAGAGAGGGGACAAAAACUGCACUGAGGUGAAACAGUUAAAAUACUCCUCUCUGACAUACCAUUUUUGACAAAACAUUUUUUGCGUGAAAUUAUAACAGUCUUUUGAUAUAUUGCAUUUUGAUACAGCCUGCCUGAGUUCAAGAAGUGUUUGGACAAUGCUAUCAGGCAUAUGAUGUGAUUCCUGGGGUAUCCUGCCCAUGGCCAGGUGUUGGACUUGAUUCUGAUAGGUCCCUUCCAAUUCAGCAUAUUCUAUGAUUAAAGUCCUAUCUUUGGUAGUUUGGGAUUGAGGAUGGGGUUUUAGAAUGAUUUUAAAUAGAAGUUUUAAUGUAAAAUCAUUUGAAGUGUACAACAAAACCUGACACAUUCAUAUUAAAUAUU